AUGUUGUCCCGCGUUUCAGACGGCGACGAGGUUCCAGCUCCACAGAUUGAUACAUCUUCCUACGUCAGUUUCGCAGCAGAUGAGAACGUGCGGUCGCCGAGAACACCUACCUAUGUUCCAGAAUCGUCCUUACCGGAAUUUAUCAUGCCGUCCAGUCACAGCGAGCCGUUCCUGAACACCAAGGGGGAAUCCAAGAACAAGAGGUUGCCAGCACCACCACCUGAAGAGCCUUUGGCCUGGGUGUGGAUAUGUCACCUUUGCCACUCGCGGUACCCGCUCGGAGUAACUCGACGCUGUCUGGUCGAUGGUCAUUAUUACUGCUCGGGGGAGACCGAUCGUCCAAGUACCCGGAAGAAGCGAAAGAACAAGAGCUGCUCCAGCGAAUUCGACUAUGUCACGUGGAAGGCGUGGGGAGACUGGCGUCGGAAAGCCCUCAAAGUGGUUCAGAAUCCCAAGGCCCUGAAAGGUUGCGAUAGCUGUGACUUCCCAAGUCAAUGUCGGUAUCCAGCUGAAUCUCACCCGAUUGCCGAAACAAAGGCGACAAAAGUUGAAGAUGAACCAAUUUCUCACGCAGAAAAGGAAGAGGACAAGAAGAAGAGCAAUUUGGCCACAGCGAACAAGAACAUCGACUUCGACAAAAUACUCAGCAGCAUCUUUUCCAAUGAUGGCGAGGAGAUAUCCAAAAGGUCCUCCGGCGACAGUUCGACCACUUCACGAAAAAAGAAUGGUUCGAAGAAGAAGAGCUCUCAGAAGGAACUCCUCCCGACACUUGAGGAAGAGAUGACGAUGGAUGCGGCAAGGUUGCGUGAAUUGAUCGACAUUAACCUCUGGACAGAUCUGGACGAUGUUGAACUCGAGAAGGUUAAGGCCGAAUGA